ACACCACGGUUCGGCUGUUUGUCUUUUACGUUUAAACACCAUUAAGUACGAAUACUAUGAAUUACGAUCAUUGCUAAAUUAGCCGAUUACCGUACGAAUAAAUAAAUUAAGUAAAUGACAUUUUGUCGUUGUAAACCGAUGUAGCCGUUGAAUAUAUUUCUUCCGAUACCAGUUGACAGUUGCACGAGACCGCACUAUGACGGCAAGCACGGACACAUCUGCUGUGCCUUCUACUAAAGUGAUUCAGGUAACAAACAUCGCUCCACAGGCAACUAAGGAUCAAAUGCAAACGUUAUUUGGAUGUAUUGGCAAGAUCGAAGACAUCAGAUUGUAUCCACAAAUACGCGAUGUGUCUGUUCCCGUUCAGUCUCGUAUAUGUUACGUCAAAUAUUUUGACUCCCUAUGCGUGGCUGUUGCACAACAUCUAACAAACACAGUAUUCAUUGAUCGUGCUUUGAUUGUCACCCCAUAUCAGUCUUCAGUUGGUGACAUACCCGACGAAUAUAGAGCACUGGACAUUGCCAAUCAAGCUAAUAUUGUACCUGGAUUAUACCCCUCUGAUCCCAAGUUGCCAGCUCAUGUUGUUAACCAAAUUGAAGGUAUCCCUCCCAAUCAAGUUAUUGCAACUAAUGAUCCAGUUUUGGCAUCCAAUGGCUUGCCACCAUACCCACAGCUGCCAAUCACCUAUGAUGCUAGAAGAAUUGAGGAAAUUAGGCGUACCUUAGUAGCUAUUAAUGUGGAUGAAAAUGUGACUGAUGAUGAAUUAAUAAAUUUUUUUCAAAAAGCUGGUGAUGUCAAAUAUAUCAGGUGGUGCAGUAGAGAAAAUGACAUCACUCGUUAUGCUCUUGUUGAAUAUUCUGAUCAAGCUAGUAUUAUAUCUGGAUUAAAACUUAAUGGAGUACAAUUAGGUUCUCGUGCAGUCCAAGUAACACAUGCUACUCAAGCAAUUGCUAAACCAAUGGCUAAAAGUAAUGAAGCAGCUCAAAGAGAAAUUGAAGAAGCCAUGACACGAGUUAAAGAAGCCCAAAGUUUAAUUUCUGCAGCCAUUGAUCCAGUCAUUGGUAUUUUAUCUAAAGACAAAAAGCAUAGUCAUUCUCAUCGUCGUUCACGAUCUAGAUCACAUGGCCGAAGUCGUCGUAGAUCAUCAUCUAGGUCACGUAGAGGACAUUCACGUUCUCGAAGAAGACGAUCAAGAUCACGUUCUAGACGUCGUUCUAGGUCAAGGAAAAGAUAUAGGAGUAGGGAUAGACGUUCUAGAGAUAGAAAAAGAUCACGAUCCAGGAAAAAAUCAAGAUCUAGGGACAGAAAACGUAAAACGUCUAGAGAUAAACGAAGAUCAAGGUCUAAAUCUAGACGUCGCUCAAGAUCCAGAAGUCAUAAAAAAGAUAAAAAAUAUUCUUCUAAAAGAAAAGAAGAAAAAUCUGAUAAACGUAAAGAUAAAGAUAAAAAAAAAGAUAAUACUCCAUCUAUAAUACCUGAAGUUGAAAAAAAAAAUAAAUCUGCUACACCUGAUAAAGAAAAAUCUAGGUCAGCUACUCCACCAAGAAGUAAUUCUAGAAGUCCAAGAUCAUCUAGUAAAUCACCUAGAAGAAGUAGUUCGUCUGGUAGAGGAAAAACUUCUGAACCAAUAAAGAGCCGUUCGUCUAGUCAUAUUAGACGAACGUUGUCUCCAAAAAGAUCUAGAACAAGAACUCCGGCUCAUAAACGUGUUAGCAGGUCACCUCGUAGAAGUCGAACACCUAAAAAACGUAGUAGGAAAUCAAAUUCAUCACCAAGACGUACAAGAAAACAUAGUGCUAGUCGUCAUAAAUCACGAACACCCACUGAAAAAAGACACAGGCGGACACGUUCACCCAUACGAAGAUCUCCAUCCCCAAGAUCACCUCCCGCUAGAAGAGUCACUAGAACACCGCCAUCUAGAAGUCCACAAUCUCCUGCUAGAUCUGUAUCCAGAUCACCAGUUAGAAGUAAGAGAAGUACUUCUGACAGUAGAAAAAGAAGUGAGUCAGCGAGCAGAAAAAGGAGUUUGUCAGUAGACAGAAGUAGAAGAAGUAUGUCAAUUGAUCAUAAAUCACGAUCCGAAAGUAAAAGUAGAAGCCAUACACCAGGAUCAGCUAGAAGUAGAUCGCCUGAAUCUGCAUCACCACCAGCUACUAGACGAAGCACUUCUUAUACUCCAUAAAUUUAAAAAAAAAAUUUCUUUUUCAAUUAUCAUUCUGUACUUGUAAACAUGUAUACAAUGUAUUUUGAUUAUUUAAUUACAUUAACCUUAAAUCAUGAUUGAUGCUUUAAUUUACCAUACAGUAUAUAUAUAUAUAUAUAUAUAGAG